AUGAAAUCAUACAUCUUAUUCGCUAUUCUCAUAGGCUUAGGUGCAUCUUAAAUUGUAGUAACAUCGCAAACCCUCUGCAGCUGUCCACAAUUAACAAAUCAAAAUGAUUGUAACACAUUGCCAGGGUGUCAAUGGGUAUAGGAUAGCAACUCAUGCACGCAAAGUUGCUAGACACUUACACAACCUUAGUGUCUGAAAGCCUCUUAUUAUUGCCAAUGGAAUCCAACUACUGCAUCAUGUUCCACAUUUACAUCAUGCGCUAGCUUAACAGCUGCAAGCAAUCAAGAUUGUGUCUAAUAGAAUGCUAGAUGCCUAGGAUAUAGUUCAGCAAAUAACUAAUGCUUGUAUUAUAGUCAAAUCACUGCAGCAUGCAUCACUUACCCAUAAAAUUAAUGCAAUUACAAUUUUGGUACAGAUGGACCUUGUAAUUGGAAUGGUCAAAUAUGUUAAGCAUAUAAUCAAUGUACUCAAGCUCCAACUUAGAAAUAUUGUGAAUAACUUAAUACAUACAAAUCUGAAACUCCAUAGGGAACUAUCUGCUAAUGGACUGAUGCAAAUGGCUGCUAGGCUAUUACAAGUUGUAAUCAAUUCGCAACUCAAGACACUUGCAAACACUAUUUUUCAAGUUUUGAAUCAAAAACUUUGAAUGUCUGUUAUUGGUAAACAACCACCAAUCCACCUUCAUGUGUUUCUGUUACCAAUCUUAAUAAUUUGAGUCAAACCACUUGUUUGGCAAAUACAGGUUUAUUCUUCAGAUGGUAUGGAUUGUAGAAUAAUCCAGCUAAUGGAUUUUGUGGUCCUUGCAAACAAUUUACAUUAAAGAAGGUUGUAAGUACAUAAUGUACUUGUUCUCAAUAUGCCUUACAAACUGAUUGCAAUUCAUAGAGUAGUUUAUGUCAAUGGAAUACAAUAACCAAUACUUGUUCUCCAAACACCUGUGCCCAAAUUAAAACUCAAAAUAUUUGCAUAACAGUAAAUGGAUGUUAUUGGAGUAUCAAUGGAAAUCAAUGCCAAACUUUGACUAAUUGCAAUAACUUGACAUUCAAGGUUAGUGCAGUCGGAUGUGCUGCAUAAAGUGUGUACUGUGCUGGUUAUGAAGGAGCUUAAUGUGUACUCACAUCAUCAGUCACUUAGACUUGCGGUUCAUAAACUACAGCAUCAAGCUGUUACUAAUUCAUCAGUAGUCAAGGUCUGUGUGCAUGGAGUAUCUCCAACUCAAAAUGUUCUCUAUUGUAAUACUGUGGUUAGUUAACUGAUUCUGUGCUUUGUGGAAACCAAUAGAAUUAAUGUAUGUGGGAUGCAACAAGUUUGACAUGUCAAUAAUUGACUUGCGCAUCAUACACCAAAUAAUCAUCUUGUACUUAUGUGUAAACUGAAUUCUCAUCAAAUACAUACUAAUUGUGUAGAUGGAAUAAAUCCCAAGGAACUCAAGGAGUCUGUGAAAAUGCCUAUUCUGCAUUAUCAUAAACUUCAGCAACUUGUGUUGGUAGUACAGGAAAUAACUUUAGAUGGAGUACCAACAAUGCAUCCACAGGAAUGUGUGUUUCAUGUGGUACAAAUUAAUUGUAAUUGUAAACACCAUCUUCAUGUCAAUGUUCAUAAUUCCACUCCAAAUCAAAUUGCUAAAACUCCGGAUUCUGUACAUUCAAUGCCCAAACUAAUCUUUGUACACCAUCACCUUGCACAUAAUAUGAAAACUAGAUAACUUGUGCUGCAUUAAGUACUUGUUAUUGGAGUUCAAAUGGCUGUUUGGCAUUCACAAAUUGUUCUUCAUUACCAGUAGCUGCUAAUCAAUUAGAAUGUGUUAGUAUGAAUGCUUCAUGCAAAGGAAUCAGCAACGGUGUCUGUCAAUCAUUUGCCUCAAUGACUUGUGCUGCUCAAUAUGCAGCUAACAACACUUGCACAAAUAACACCGGUACUGAUGGAGUUUGUUACUUGACCAAAACAGACAAAACAACCACCUGUGUUGGAUUCUCCUAAUGUAAUCAGGCUGCAAACAACGAAACCUUAUGUCUAAGAAAUCAACUGUCUUGUUCAUGGAACGGUCUUACUGAAACAUGCUCUUAAGUUAAUUGUGCAUCCUUCAAAUCAGAAUUAAAUUGCAAAUUCUAUCUACCAAAUCCACUCUCAUCUGAAAUUGUUCCAUGCUUAUGGAAUGCAACUAAUAGUACAUGUGGACCCGCUUCUGAUAUCUUAACAGCAUUGACUUAAAACAGUUGUGCAACCAGUACUCAUAAUACUUAUAGUUGGGUAACAAUUUCAGCUGAAAAAGGAUAUUGUGUUAGAUGUUAAUAAUAAGUCACAUUGCCUAAAUAAUGUGCCUGUUCAUAUCUUAGCCAAUAUGAUUGUUCUUAAGCACUUGAAUGUUACUGGAGCAAUGGAUCAUGCAUACAAAUGGAAUGCACAUAGAUACUUUAACAAUCUGUAUGUGCAUCUCAAAAAGGUUGUUAAUGGAAUAACAAUUCAUGCUCUGUAUUUAAUGGUACAUGUACCAACUUGGUCGGAAAGAGUUAAGCUGCUUGCAUGUCACAAAAUAUAUAUUGUGUAGGUAGCAAUGGAACAAAUUGCAGCACUACUUAUAGCAAAUGUGAGGCAAAUACAACUGAUACAUCCUGUGUUGCAACCAUUGGAAGCAACGGAGCAUGCUACUGGAAUACCACAUCCAAGUCAUGUGUGGCUGUCAAUACAUGCAAUCAAUUACCAGAACCUGAAUGCAACUUACAAUCUAAGUCUUGUUAUUGGAAUGGUACUACUUGUCAAAGUUUAACUUGUAGUACACUCUAUACCUAAUAUGGUUAAUGUACUUUUGUUAUGAAAUUAUCAUCCAACAGUUAUGUUUAGAUUUGUUAAAUGGUAGGUGAUCUAUGUACUUAAGUACCAGAUGCCUUUAGUUUGACCUAAGAAUAAUGCUUCACCAAUACUAAUAAAACAGCAAGAUGGGUUCCAUAAUCUACAGGUUAUGGAGGAAUCUGUGCAUCAUGCUCUGGAAAUGUCAUUCCAAAUUACAAUUCCCAAACAUGUUAAUGCUAUUAAUACAUGACAUAAAGUGAUUGUAACAAUGCUAGUGGUUAAUCUUGUUAUUGGUCAACAAAUAACAUCUGUACCCAAUAAGUUUGUGCCAAUAUUCUUAGUCAAUCAGCAUGUGCUUAAAACAUAGCAUGUAUUUGGAAUGCUGGUACUUGUUAAACCUUCACUUCAUGCAGUUAAGUUGCUGGAACAGGAUUAAGUGCUUAACAAUGUCUUAGUUAUUCAAUUCAAUGCAAAGGGUACAACGGAGGAACAUGCACUUCCACUCCAAAUUAUACAUGUGGUACACUAUUAACACCAAAUGCUUGCAGUGGUAAUUAUGGAUCAGAUGGUGUUUGCUUAUGGAAUUCAACUGCUACUCCUUCCAUAUGUAUUCCAAUAACAAAUUGCACUUAAAUUCCUUACCAACAAAUUUGUAGCUAUUACACUGAAGCCUGUUAAUUUGUAAAUAAUACAUGUCAAUCACUUACCUGUGGUUACUUCACAACUCCAGCAUCAUGCACAUAUUAUGUAUCAUAACUUUACCCUGGAUCAAUUUAAUAAUGUCAAUGGUCAGCAUCUACUGCUACUUGUGUUAAUUUCAUCACAUCUUCAGAAUUAAAUUCAGCCAAUUGUGCAGCCAACACAGGAUUCACCUAUAGAUGGGUUCCAACAAAUGCCAAUAAUGGAGAAGGUUAUUGUACUAAAUGUAUUAUAAAUUCCAUCAAUGUACCUGGAUAAUGUGCUUGCAACUAAUUGAUUUACUAAAAUGAUUGCUAAGCAAAUCCUUAAUGUUCUUGGUCAACUACUGUAUCAACCCCAAGUUGUUAUAAUAAACCUUGCAGUCAAAUUACUUAAUAAGCAACCUGCAGUACCAAUCCAAGAUGCUCAUGGUCAUUUGCUUAAAAUUUAUGCUAACCAUUUUCAUCAUGCUCAGAACUUGCUGGUGUCAAUGCUGGUGAAUGUGCUAGUUAUUCAGUUUUCUGUGCAGCCAUAUCAACAACAUAUUUACCUCUUCAAAAUAAGUAUAUUUGUGCAGGCACUCAAAAUCAAUGUACAGUUCUUAAUCCAUCAGGCACAGCCGGAGCAACAACUCCAUCCAAAUGUGAAAACACCUACGUUACUCAAGGUAUCUGUUAAUUUGACUCCGAAACUAAGACAUGUAAUAAAAUCACUUAGUGCUCGGGAAUUAAUUCUCAAUAGAAAUGCCAAUAAUUUAGUCGUUCUUGCUAUUGGUAAUUACCAACUGGAACAGCAACAAACGCCACUUGUGUACCUGCAAGUUGUACCUAUUUCACCAAUCAACAAUCGUGCACAUAUUAUUUGACUUCCUUAACAACAUCUUCAUCUUCGAAGGUCGUUCAAUGUUAAUGGUAACCAACUGGCUCAUGCAUAGAAGCUACAAAUGUCUCAGCUGCCACAUCAACCACCUGCUACUCCAACUCCUUCAUGAUGUCAAGAUGGACUUCCACUUAAGCUGAUUCGCCUAACGGAUUCUGUGCAUCAUGCAGCUAAUACAGUUUAAGCUAAACUUACAAGUCUGUUUGCUCAUGCUCUGAAUUAUCACAAUAUGAAUGUCAAGUUGCUUCCCCUUAGUGUGCAUACAAUCCAACAACCUCAAAAUGUGCUGCCCAAAACUGUACUUCCAUUACAUCUAAGUUCUCAUGUGCUGCCAAUCCUGCUUGCAUCUACAUUGGAUCUUGCCAAGCCUAUACAAAAUCACCUACUGGUACAAAUGUUGGAUGUGUUAACAUUACUAGUGCCACAUCUCCUUUUGAUUGCUUAACUGCUUCAGUCAAUUGUCCAGAAUUUAGUGCCAGUGCCACCAAAGGAAAUCCUGGUACUUGCAAUGUUCCAUAAUAAUGCAGCAAGCAAGGUUCUUAAGCUCUAUGUGAAGCCUACAAUGCAUAACUAUUGACUGGUUAUUGCGUUUGGAAUGGUAGUAGUUGUUAAACUAUUAAUAAUUGCAAAUAGAUUUCUGAUGUUUCAGUCUGCAAUUUAUAAACUAGCAGAUGCCAAUGGAGUGUUGUUUUGAAUUCUUGCAUCACCCAAUCAUGCAAUUCAUAUACUAAUCAAGCAGAUUGCACAUAUGUGUACACAUCCUAUUAACCUGGAGAUAUUGCUCUUUGUGCCUGGGAUCCCACCUACAAUGAGUGUAGAAGCGCUCCCUUAUCAAAUUUAGAUACCACUUAAUAUAAUUAGACUAACACCACCUAAUGUUUUGUAAAUACAGGUCACGUAUAUCACUUGGAUGGAAAUGAUUGUACAAGGUGCUUCUAAAACAUUUUAAGCAUUCUUCUAAUAACAAUGCUCCUAAUAUUAAUUUGAGAGUAUUAUCAUUUACAAAUAUCAAUAAACAUUUUAUUUAUA